AUGGCACCUGUAGAAACUACUGAAAGUUUGGAAGCCAUGGAAAUUUUAACAUCAGCACAUUUAAGAGAACAAUAUGAAAGCAUUCAUCGGCGUAAUCCUGGUCUAUUUUGGGACACAGUCAAUAUGGAUAACCCAGAUGAAGCAGUAAAAAAAUUGCAACACAUAAUUCGAGGGAUUGUCAAAAACCAAAGUAAUUUACAGCCAAUGUUUGACAUUGAUUUCCCAAACCUUAGUGAUUACCCAUCAGUUCAAAAAAGGCUGGAGAUCAUUCGUCAACAAAUAGCUCCUCAACAACUGUUCUAUUAA